AUGGCGACGGGCACCGCAUGGCGGCAAUGGGUAGAGACGAGGGACACAUACUCGCCCCAGCUUGAACAUGGCAGGUCCAUCAGUCAGGCAUUGAAAAGCUUCGACGAGAACCUGCUUGCACAACGAACCGCAAUCUGGUCUGUACGUGCGACACGAUCCACACGGACGAUACAUCCAGGUCAAGUCGACGAUGCCCGGCUGUCUCAGCUCCUGGAGAGUCGUGCACAAGAACGGCCCCUCUACGACAUGUUCUUCAUCAAUCGAUUUCUGGUUCAAAAUCCUCGAGAGCCUGUCCCUAGCGACGCUCAUCGGCUUCUCAUAUCCAAGGAUGCUUUCCAACUGUUGAUGUCAUGUUGCUCGGUACCUCCGUCUUUCUUGUUCGCUCUCAGUCGCUAUUAUUAUCCCAAUGGACGUGGCUUCCAGCGCCGUCACGAGGAAAGUAACAACACAAACAACAACAGAAGCAGCAGCAGCGUAUCCAGUCAGUGGUAUUUCCUCCCAUUUCGAGUCCAAGUGCCCUGUACCGAUAUGCGCGAUAGCCACGAAAACACGAGAACAGGGCGGAACCAAAUGAAUCCUUUCCACUAUCUGCAUCUACCCAACCAGGAAGUUGACAUUCGAGGAUCCCAGAUUGCCGUCUACGUCGAGUACAACAAGCACACGGAUGUGACGACGGCCAUCUGCGUCAAUUUCAUGGACGGCAGAUGGCGCGUGCUCGUCGAAGAGCCACAAACUCGUAUCUUGGAGGCUCUGAUGCAUUCUUCGGCCCACCUAGGUCCCAUGUGGAUACAUUUGAUCCUGUUCACGACCGUCACGAGAUGGUGGAACAACUCCCUCCAUUCUGUCAAUGAGCAAUUGAUCGCUUACGAGCUCGAGCUGCAGGAUAAAUCCGAGGACGCCAGCCCUCCCAACAUCUUUUACGGUAAUAUCAGCAAGGCCUUGCACGCCAUGGCGGCGCACGUUCAUCGAUACGGGACCGAAAUGGACUCCAUACAGAGCACAACCUCUGAGAUGGCUGGCUUGUGUCUCGAAGCGCUGAACGGAAACGACGGCGUCGCCGUUGCAAACUUUGCCCAACUAUCGAGCCAGAUCACGGCGACCAAAUCCUUCGUGAGUGAAUUGGAAAAGAAGAUUCAAAACUUGCUCGCGCUGCUUUUCAACCGCAUGCAAAUCACAAACGACCGCCGUAUGGUGGCCAUUUUGGAGGCCGCCCAAGAUGAGGCGGCGUACUCUCGUCAGAUUGCCGAACGGUCUCAACAGCUUUCGGAAGAUAUGAAAAAGGACAGUGUGUCGAUGAAGACGAUAGCAAUCCUGACCAUGUUCUUUUUGCCGGCGACUUCAUUCGCCGCCAUCCUUGCGAUGCCGUUCUUUGCGACCAACAAAUACCUGUCCGAUGGCAGAACCGUGUGGAUUUGGAUCGUUCUCACCCUGCCGACGACAGCAAUGGCGUAUGCCGUUUACUACUUGCGGAACAAACGAGAGCUGGAGAAAGCCCAGGAAAAAAAGGGACGCCUUCGUGCUGUAUAAGCAAGGAACCAGAUGAAGCAGAGAAACCAUAGUAAGCAGUAGAAGAUAG